GCUGAUUAUUGACGACAUUCUUGGAGCUUUAAGUAAGCACAUAACCCGACACAGCCGCUGGAUUUGGUGUGUGGUGCUGCUCAGUUGGGCAUGGUAGGCAGAGUUCCACCUUCACGUCGUUUUGCGAGGGCUGUCUACGGUUAGCUGGAUCCCUGCCACCCUCACUUCUUAUUCUACAAUAGGAACGUACCUUUACUCGCGGCUAGUGCGGGUGACCUCUCCACCGUAUAUCGUCCUCACAUACUGCCAGUCCUUCUUCUUCCACCAACCCGCUUCCUCUAUUGCAUUGGAACCUUGAAUAUCUCAAUCUCUUGACCUCAUACCAGUCAUUCACAUCAACAUGUCUCGCCCUUUGGGUCCAACUACUGCUACGGCAUUCGACUCUCUACCUAUAGAACUCAACAAGGCCAUCGUUCAUGAACUCGACAACGACAAGGAUAUUGCGAAUUAUCGCCUGAUCUGCCACUCUACAAACGAUGCCAUUGAUGCAGACAGACUUUCCUUCUGGCGCGCUAAGUAUCGCGAGAAGUAUGACUUCAAGGACGGUCUUAACAAUCUGCAAUUAUGUCGCGUGUACCAGCGUCGCUCCAAGCAGCUUAGACGAGGGAUCAAAUACCCCUUCUUCCAUGGCAUUCGCCAAGGAGAGAGACAGGUCGUCAAUAUGCUCAAGGAUAUGAUCAAUGAGUCAUUCCAAGGAGCUACCACAGUUGACGAGCAUGGCCGUCUCCGCUGCAAGAAUCACGCUCACAUCCUGGACUUCAUUCUCAGAUCUCGCCUUCUUAACAACGACCGACGCGCCCCUGAUACCCCACCCGGCGCAUUGAUGCACAUUGAUGAUGGGCUUGCAGCGGUGAAGCUUAUGUGCUCUCAAUUUGUCUUUAACAUCGAAGGUUUGGAGCACAACAUCUUUGCUUUUGAGGAGUCGCAGCACGCGGUUUACCUGUCUGCAUCUGCUGCUCCACUCUUCAAUUACGAUCACACAAAGUUGAACCUCGGCUGGAUGCUACACGCCAUGAGCUUCUUCCGUCAUCACAUGAUGAACGAGAACGCCCAGACACUCUUCGACAGGAUCGAAGGGCUAGACGCUACCCAGAAGCCCUCAGCAUGGCGAGAACAGCUUAAAAAUGGUGUUCAGCCGCUGAGCAAGUACUGGAAGGGCACAUACUCAUUUCUUGAUAACUCUGAGGUCCAGAAGCUGCGACGACAAGGUCCAGGAAAGCAAGUGUAUAUCGACAAGAACGUUGACGAAGGCAAAAUCCAGUCUCUCGAGCUCGUUUUCGCAGAAGAUAGUGUCCUGCCCGAUGGUCGCCGGCUACCAUGGCCCUCCGUUUUUGAAGACCGUCUCCGCUCGCUUACGAACGACACUGGCAAGCAAGGCGUCACAACUCAAGGCCGGAGUCUAGCUAAGUCUACCGCAUCCAGCAUUCAGUUUGAGGGCAAGGGCGAGGACCUUGACGACGAAUACAUGGCUCUUGGAUGGCUCAACAUUCUGCCUCCUCAAGGUGGUAUCCCUGGCUGGCAACGCAUCACCUUCAUGAAGCACUUCACCCAGGACUACAACAACCUAAACGAGGACAAUCUUUGGGCAUAUGAGGGCGUUGUUUUGCCAGGUGGCCGGAUCAUUCUGGGUCGAUGGUGGUUUGCUUCGGAGCAGGGUCAUCGUAACCUAGAGUACAACGGACCUUUCAUCUUGUGGGCGGUCGAUGAACCCGACAUGGAGGAUAACGACAGUGAUAACUGCAGCGACGAAGGUCUCUGAAGCACAUGACUGCGGCAACGAAGGGUUUUUGGAGCCCCAUCUCAAAUCUCAUGUCUGCUUUUCACAUCUUUUGAUUAUCUAUUUUACCUUUCCUAACAUACCCUGGCGUUUAAAGCAUGGCGAUGUACUCAUGAAAACUUAGUCUAUCUGGAGGCAUGGAGGCCUGGGGUUCCCUGUGCUUUGUUAGUUUUGGCAUCACAUAUCAUAUAGUUACCUGGUCAUGGUAUUCGUAGAAUUGGACACUGUGCCCAUGUCUGAGUCCAAAGUUUAUCCCAAAAAGGUUUAUGCUCGAUCCUAUCGUCCUACAGAUCCACAAGGUUCGGUAUCAUGAAAAGUAAACGACGAACCAACUACUAUUACAGUUACUCACCAUGGCUUUGAAUGGGAUCGACGUUGGAUGUUAUGCUGAAGCAUAUGUCUAUUUAACCACAAUUUUCGGCAACAGUACAUCAAAGGCCUCGGAAUAAAAAGGUGAGAAAUCUGAUGUAAAAAGACC